AUGAGUUCUUAUUGCAUACGUUUUGAAGCGAGUCUUCUCAUGAGGGCUGAGAGGCAUCGCUUUCACGACCUCAAGAAUCGUUAUGGAGAGGAUAUACGACUCGAAAACGCAUUCAAGAAACAAAAGUAUCAAACACUGAGAACUUCAGUAAUCGUUUGUCAGCGACUCUUCCGCGCCAACCAUCUCAUGAGAGUUGAGAAACAAGACUAUCAAACACUGAGGUCUUCGGUAAUUGUUUGUCAGCGGGUUUUCCGCGCCAAUCGUCUCAUGAGAAUUGAGAGACAAAAGUAUCAAACACUGAGGUCUUCAGCAAUUGUUUGUCAACAGCUGUUUCGCGCCAAUCGUCUCAUGAGGAUUGAGAGACAAAAGUAUCAAACACUGAGGUCUUCAGCAAUUGUUUGUCAACAGCUGUUCCGCGCAAAGAGACUCAUGAGACUUGAGAAACAAAAGUUCAAUAAAUUGAGAGUUUAUACGAUUUUAAUUCAACGAAGAUUUCGAUCAAACUUUAAGGACAUCCGGGAGAGAAGGGCUGCCAUCAAAAUACAGUCGUUAUGGAGAGGAUAUACGACUCGAAAACGCAUUCACGAGGAGAACGAGAAGAUCGAGAAAGCCUUCCAACGGAUACUGACAUCGACUUCAUUGGCCACCGAAGACAUGCAAUUAGGAAACCGAACGCAUAAUUCACUCCAGAAACUGCUGUCUUAUGAAUCACUACUACUUUUGGCCCACGAUUUGGAGGCAUUGGAUCGCACGACACGACUGUCACCGGAAUCGUGUGAAACACUUGUCUAUUACGAUGCCAUCAGAAUCCNUGAAUCACUACUACUUUUGGCCCACGAUUUGGAGGCAUUGGAUCGCACGACACGACUGUCACCGGAAUCGUGUGAAACACUUGUCUAUUACGAUGCCAUCAGAAUCCUUCUUCAGAUCCUCAAUGAGACCAAUCGCAGCGAACCUCACAAACAGAUCAUUGCUCUCACCGUUAAUAUUCUCCUCAAUAUCGCCAAAAACGUAAAGGAAGAUAAGCGCAAAGUGGAGGCAAUCAAACAGAUUAGCGAUCACUCGAUGAAAGACAAAUGUGAUACGGGAAGGAAUCGUGUCUUUUAUCCGACUCUGUAUUCCAAUCAAAAGCGCAUUCAAUUAGCUCAAGAACUGGGCACUGGUAUUGCCAUUUGGGAGAUCGGACAGGGAUUGCACUACUUCUAUGAUCUCCUUAACAUUCCUACCAUUUAUUAG